UUGUCUUGGGAGAGCAGGCUCCGACGGGAGCGAGGAUGCUCAGGAUGCCCAGCUGCCUGCUAAAACUCACCAGAGUGAUGCUGAACCACAGGCUGGGGGCCCUGUUUAUCAUCGCCUUUAAGUUCUUGUCCUUUGCCUCCAUCCUGUUGUACUGGAGAAUCACGGAGGACCCAAAGGGCAGGGGCCAGGUCUACAGCUUGCCUAUUGAGAUCCGCUGUGCUCGCUCUGUGCCGUCUCCUCCCCGUGCCACUGCUGGCCCCCCUCCUCCCCCAGGGGACGUGUUUUUUGUGGAAACCUCGGAGCGAACCAACCCAAAUUACCUGUUCAUGUGCUCCGUGGAAUCGGCAGCCCGGACACACCCUGGGACGAGGGUUGUGGUGCUCAUGAAAGGCUUGGCAAACAGAAACGCCUCUCUACCCAACCACUGGGGCUUCUCAUUACUGAGCUGCUUCCCCAAUGUGGAAAUCCGUCCCCUGGACUUGCAGGAGCUUUUCUCUGGGACUCCCCUUGCAGAGUGGUAUUUGCAGGCUCAGCAGCGCUGGGAGCCUUAUUUCUUACCCAUCCUGUCUGACGCCUGCAGAAUUGCCAUCAUGUGGAAAUUUGGUGGCAUCUACCUGGACACGGACUUCAUUGUGCUUAAGAACUUAAAGAACCUCACCAAUGUGCUUGGCACCCAGUCCAAGUAUGUGCUGAAUGGGGCCUUCUUGUCCUUCAAGCCCAAGCACAAGUUCAUGGAGCUUUGCAUGCAGGACUUUGUGGAGAACUACAACAGCUGGAUCUGGGGGCAUCAGGGCCCACAGCUCCUAACACGUGUCUUCAAGAAGUGGUGCUCCAUCAGGAGUCUUAGGAGCAGUAGGAGCUGCAAAGGGGUGAGUGCUCUGCCACGGGAGGCUUUUUAUCCCAUCCGGUGGCAGGACUGGAAAAAGUACUUUGAAGUGGUCAGCUCCUCAGAGCUUCAGCACCUCUUCAAGAACACCUAUGCGGUUCAUGUAUGGAACAAGAAGAGCCAAGGGACGAGGCUAGAGAUCACAUCCAAGGCUUUGCUGGCUCAGCUACAUUCUCACUUCUGCCCUGCCACGUAUGACAUCAUGAAGAAGGAUGCUGGACGGCAGUGACUCAGGGGUUCAGCUAAGGAUCAUCACCUUGGAGCCUCAACCUUCCAGCUGUUCCAGCACAAAUGAACCUUCUUGUGAACUGAGGCGGUUUCCCUUCCCUUCUGAAGACCGUUUGGCGGAGGGGAGUUCCUCGUGCCCAGUUUGAAGAGGGUGCAGGAUGCCAGAGUCUCUGCCUAGCAUUGCAGAUCUAAAGACCUGCUUGAAAAUUUGGAGUAUGUCAGAACUUGAGGAUUUGGCUCAUCAAUUUGCAGGAACUUAUGGCAGCAGCGUUUUAUUUUGUAGUGGUGGUGAAUUAACACCCUGUAAGGAGCAGGAGAGUUCAUCCGAAUCACACCUUAAAUUGCACCCAACGCAGGAAGAGUUGAACUGUCUUUUACACUGGGUUUGUCUGCGUGACCAAAUGCCCGUAACUGUGUCUAAGCUGCACCAGAGCUUUCAGCACUUGGACUGACCCCAGAGGGAUGAGAUGAUAUUUCCAGGUAUUUGCAAGGAUAGAGAGAGCUUGGUAGGGACCCUGUGCUAGCUACAUUCAAGUUCGGGCACUGAGUUAUUUAUGGAGGACCUCUUCAAGUAGCCUGGAGCACUCCUGCAAUUCCUGCACUCUCCAGGAGUACAGAUCUCUCCUGGGAGUUCUCAAGAAGGGCAAUGGAAAGCUUUAUUCUUUUUCCCCAAGUAUAUUCCUGAACCGUGAUGGAGAAAGUUAACUUAUCUCUCUUACAGUCCUCUUGUGCCUUUGGGGGUUCCCACCACAAAGGCAAGUCUGUUGUACAAACUGUGGGAGAAACUCUGUCCCUUCCUUUAGUGCCCAAAGGGACGUACUGGUGUUCUUACAGUUCUUUGUUUGAAAAUGAUGAAGAAAGAGAAGUGAUAAGCGAGAGUAAGGCAGAGGCUAGCAGCCUUGGCCCAUCUGUACCCCACCACAGUCUAAGGGGGGAUUGCUGAGGAAUGUGAGCUUGGCACUGCCAUGAGGUUGACGUGGAUGAGCAGAGCAUCAGCCAUCCCCUCUCCUACACUGCUCAGAGAUGAUAAUCUCACUGCAAAAUCUUUUCUGCCUUCAGAGUGUGAGUCUUCGUACCCCUAGGAACAGCUGUGGGAUGGUCCAGUGGCCCCUUUGAUGACCAGGCAUUGGUCAGCUCUCCAGUGUCACCUGUUCCUGAAGCAAGAGCUCUUUCAGUGGUGCUUCCUGCAAGUCCUCCAAGUGUGACUCAGAUGAUUUCUAGGACUGCAGUUUUCUCAGGCUUGUUUCCCUCUCUGUUCUGUUUCCUAUCACAUAGAAGCAAUGUGAGGUUUGCUCAGCUUAGCCAAGCCAACAGGCAAAAAAGUAGAUGUCUGUGCAUGCAAGGACAAAAUCUCUCUGUGUGUCUCAGGUUUAUUUCCCUCUUCUUAGAUGACAAAAAUAAUAAAGCCAAAUUGCCUGUCACUUUUAGAAAACAAUUCCCUGUCCCGCAGGGGACAGGGCUGUGGGUGCUUAGGAGAGCUUGCACCACUUUUUUUUUUUUUUGGUAAGUUGAGCUAGCUGGUAUUGACCAAAGGCCAGUGCUGCUUGACUGGAAGUUAUCCACCUGUGAGUUGUGCAGGGCGGACACUCGGUGCACAAGCAGCUACCCUGGAAUAGGGAAGGUGCUGGGAACCACUGCCCCCACAACUCCUUUGCACCACAUCUGUGCACGUGUGUAGUGCUUGUCCUUAGUUUUGCCCUGCUUUAUGCUGUAUCCUGGAGAUAAUUGGGAUCUUGAACAUCUGCAGCUCUCCCAACACUGAGCAUUGUUAAGAACCAAGACUUUGUGGGGAAACAGCAAAUCUUCCUGACCAUCUAAGUGUGCUUCACCACACUAUAUGGUAAAAAUGGAUACUGUUUUCACUGUGUAGUCUUACUGUUGCUACUCUCUGUCUUUUUCACUGCUUUCUUUAGAAGCAGCUGCAAAACUGUCAGCCCUGACCUGGUGUGUAGUCAAUGGGGCAUGGUUUCUCUUUCUGCUGCUUCCUUCUGUUUUGGGACUUGUGCUGGCUAAACGACAGAAAUCUCGGCAAGCUAGGAAUCCCUGCCGGGGAUGGUGAAGUGACGGUCGGUGAUUGUAAAGGCAUAAUAACAGGAAAUUUUAUUGUGGCAAUACCAUGAACUGAUUACAGAAGUGUUUGGGACCCACUUCAAUGAAUAUCUGGCUUGAUAUACCACUGCUUAUUCUAAGAAAGUGCCUUUUUGCAUGUUUGUACUGUUUUUCUGUUGUUGUUGUUGUUGUUGUUUUUUUUCCCGGAGAGUCAGUAUUCAGAGGUUUGAUAAGGGGAGGAUCAAACCAAAGCAGCCUGUGGCCUUUUUCCCUUUGCCUUGUGUGAGAAAAAUAA